UUGGACUUGUUCCUAGAUGAUUGAAGAACCGGUUUGACUGGCUUCGUAUGCCAACAAAUUCUGGUAUCAUUCCAUGUUACACAGAAUGUAGAAACCUGCCCAGCGAGUUGAAUGAAAAGCAUAUUAGGAUAUCCAUUGCACAUUGUAUAUAUGUGAGGUGUAGCUCCACUUCCAUACACACCAGCAGCAGCUGCCCCAGGAUGGUCCAGGUUGUAUCUCGCCAUCUAUGUGUGAGUCUGUAGCUAUAGGAAGAAGACAGGAUUGACACUAAUCAAUCCACGAGAACAUUACACAACUGAUAGGGUGGAGGUACAAGUGAAAAAGGAGGCGCAAUAUUAGCUGUAUGGCUUGAACAACGUAAGCAAUAGUGAUUGGAGCAAUUCUUUUUACCAUGAAUGUAUCUGGAAGCAGCUGUGGCAGCCCCAGCUCUACCGAGAGUGUCCCUGCUGGUGACUUAUUCAAGGACCUGUGGACAAAGCUAAAGGAAUGCCAUGACAAGGAGCUUCAAGAACUUCUAGUGAAAAUCAACAAACUGAAGACACAGAGAUGUUUGGAUGCCCAGAGACUAGAAGAAUUUUACACUAAAAACCAGCAGCUCAGAGAGCAGCAGAAGGCACUGCAUGACACCAUCAAGGUUUUGGAAGACCGGCUCCGAGCUGGGCUCUGUGACCGCUGUGCAGUGACUGAAGAGCACAUGAGGAAGAAACAACAAGAAUUUGAAAACAUUCGUCAACAGAACCUGAAACUCAUAACUGAGCUUAUGGAAGAGAAGAACACUCUGCAGGAUGAAAACAAAAGACUCUUAAAGCAACUUGAGCACAUGCAGAAGGCAGCAGACACACUAUUGAAGGCACAUGACGAAGAAACAGCCACUCAUGGAGAUGGCGAGGAUGGCAUUAUUCCUGACUCUCCAGUCAGUUCCUUUUCUGGAAAUGUAAUCAGCAGAAUGCGCAGGAGAAAACUGAAUAAGCACAUUCGUUAUACAGAACACACACAAGAUGAAUUAGAGACUUCAGAAUGCACAAACAGUUCUGCAGCAAGGAUAUUUGCCUCCACUCAAGUAAAUAACAGGAAAGGAGAGACUGUCCUAGUUGCUGAUACAUGUGCCUUAACAUUGUCUCCAGUUCCCAACAAACAAGAAGUUGGCAAUUUUACUGCUGAGAAGCCACUCUUCAACUUGGCAGCUGUUGUUGCAGAAACAAUUGGCCUGGAGGAAUCUCAAUCCCAGAGUGUAUUAAAUACUUCCAGGACCAGUGCAGCUACAGUACAUGGUAAAAAUGAAGAACUUUCGCUAGGAAACAGUGAGCUAGGGUUCACAGAGAAUUUACAAGGCAAUCCGCAUGAAAUUGAGUGGGACCCCAAUCGAGUGUCACCAGUGUUUGGUAUGCCCUCUUCAAAACUGGAGAAUAAUUCCACACUGGACACUAGUGUGUCUCUUCUGCCUGCUGGAAUAAACUUAAACCCUCAGCUUCCUAACAGAAGCCCUCUCCAUAUACUUUCAAAGCGUGAAGAUGCCUCUCUGGUGACUGCCAUCAGUCUGUGCCAACAACCAGACUCUGUAAUUAGUCAGUGCUCAGGCAACAAACAGAUGUCUUUGAAGCGAAACCCCAUUGAUUCGGUUAUCAGUGGGGUCGGCACAAAUGGUGCUUUUGUUACCAAAAAUCACCUUGAAACUGAUGAUUACAGACAGACGAUAGGAAGGUGUGGGAAGCGGAAAAAAUUAGACAAUAUUAAGGAAACCAAUUGUGAAAUGUUAUCUCUUAACAAGGAAAACAAUUUUCCCCUGAAAAGUUCCACGAACACCAGAGAGAACUGCCUAGACAAGCCUUUGGAUCUUUCGGAUCGUUUCUCAGGAUUGCAUCCUCAGGAGAGUAGCCGUGAAAACCCCAGAAAUAAACUAAAACAAGCUACCAUCCAGGAGACACUGAAGACCACAACUAACAGUACUUCAUCGCUGCACAUGGAUAACAAAAAGGCUUUUAGAGGAGAGUCUGGGGCUUCUCAUAAGUGUGACGAUAAUGAAGGAGCCCAAGGUGGCAGUUGUCUGUUUGAUGACAUGGAGGCCGAAGGAACCCAUAUACCAAAGAGGAUGGGCAGGUCAAUGCAGAGAGGUUGUGAACCAGCAUCUGUGUUGCAAACAAACCCACACAUUAAUCAAACCAGAGACAAAGCUAUGGUCGCAGAGCAAGGUAAAGCUGUAGACAACAUGCAAUGGAGCAUUGACCCAGGGGCGGACCUUUCUCAGUAUAAAAUGAAUGCCACUGUGAGGGAGGAUGAGGAUGGGAGCCAGCGUAAUGCAGAGGUUGAAGAUAUGGAUUACACAUAUGUCAAUGAUAGUGUGCUGUUGAAGAUGAAAAACCAAGAGUGUGCAGACAACAACACUGAGGAACAAAAAGGUCAUGACAGCUUCACAGAAAUGUUCGACAAGACAGAGUAUGAGGAAUAUGUGUCCUAUACUCAGGAGUCCUGCCCUUCCCGCAGACUGGAUGUAGAGGAAGAAGGUGAUGUUUUUACACUGCCAAAGAAAAGGCCUCCCAAUGAUAAAGAGAAUCAAGCCAAAGGAGCGAUUUACCAGAAACAGAAGGCAUACGUGGAGCCUUAUGUGCAAACCAGUGAAAGAAAUAAGCCUACAAUGGAUUUCCCUCAUAUUGAGGUUGUGCGAAACAAGGAGGAGAGGAGAAAACUGCUUGGCCACACUUGUAAGGAAUGUGAGCUGUAUUAUGCAGACCUUCCAGAGGAAGAAAAAGCUAAGAAACUGGCCAGCUGCUCCCGGCAUCGUUUCCGCUACAUCCCACCAAAUACUCCAGAAAAUUUCUGGGAAGUGGGCUUUCCUUCAACUCAGACCUGUAAAGACAGAGGUUACAUAAAAGAGGAAAUGUCUCCCUGCCAGCGACCGCGAAGACGACUUCCAUACAAUGCCAUAUUUUCUACCAAAGGCAAAGAGCAGAAGACCUAAAACCACACACAUUCACUUAUGAUUUAGAAGGGAGAGAUGAGGAUAGAAAUACAAGUGCUGCCAUUGCUGAAUAGUUUAAGGUGCACAUCAAGGGGAUGACAUCUUUAUCCUGUCUUUACUUUUA